AUGGGGCGUGCAUUGCAGCGUUUUUUGUCCCAAUCGGGCAUCGCGCUCAUUUCCACAUUUGCUGCGAUCAUUGCAUACUUGGCCUUGGAGGUGUACAGCCGUCGCAGAGUGACGCACAUGCUCUCGCACUCGGUGCGCCCAGCGCUCCCUCCCUUUUGGGUGCGGGGCAUGGAUGGGGAGAAUGCGCCGCAGUGCAUGGCGAUGCGCGGGGACCCCACGCCCGACCCCAAAGCGUUCCCAUACAGCGACGAGCUUGCUUCGCGCGUGCAAAUAACCAAGUUCUGCGAGGACGUCAAAAUCGAUACGACCCUCGACGUCGCGCUCCUUGCCUGCGACCCCGGCCGUGCUGAAUGGGACAUUGUGUUUGGCCCCGCCAAGUCGCCCGAGUAUCGCGGCGCGCUGUGGUUCCUGGACUACCAAGCAUCAAACUCACCUACUCCCCAGCUGCUUCCCAUUGACGACUUUCCCGACGACCGCAGCUUCCACCCGCUGGGCAUCAACGUUCAUGCCACCUCGCAGGACACUGCGCGCAUCUUUGUCGUGAACAACGCGGCCGUCGUGUCGACGAUCGAGGUGUUUGACAUGGACCGCACCGACGACGGAUGGCGCGGCAGAUUUGUGCGCACCAUCUUCACGCCCGUCGGCACCUACGGCGCCGACGCCGUAUGGCCCAUUGACGCGAACCGCAUCCUGGUAUCAAACAUGCACGUGUACUUCCAUCGCGUCUCGCCGUACGACGCGACUGUGGAGAUGGUCCGCGGCGUCUUUGGCUCCUGGGCCGCACGCUGGUUUGAGCGCAACCAUGUGGACGGCCAGUUUCCCAGUUAUGUAAGUUUCUCGGAGGAUCUGAUCGGCUCUGGCUGGGUCUCGCACAUUGCGUUUGACGACGAGAUCGCUGCGCACGAUGGGUACGACUGGCGCGCCGCCGAGGCAGGUACCGAGACCGAGCUCGUCGUCAGUGGCAUCAAGUUUGCCAACGGCAUCCAGCUCACCCCCGACAAGAAGCAUCUUGUCCUCGGCGAAACGGGCAUGGCCGCCGUCCUCCUCUACCCUGUCCUCUCCGAGAACCCCACAUGGGAACGCGCUGAGCGCCUGGGCAAGGCACUCGUGCUGCCUGUGCCCUUCUUGGCGGACAAUGUCUUCCUCACACCCCCCCAGAACGACGCAGACGUGCUUCCUGAAGACCCCCUCCAGGGCUACUCGAUUCUCACUGCGGGCCAUCCUUCGGCGCUCGACAUGGAAGAAUCGCUGAAAGGGAACGGAACCGCCCCCAGCUGGGUCGUCCAGAUCUACUACGACCCUGCCCAGCCCAAGGACCAAGCGCCCGCGCCCGCAAACGAAUUGGGCUUCACCCCAGCGCACAAUUUUACCGUGCAGUCUCUGCUGAUAACCAAGGGUGCCAACACGCCCGAUGCUCCUUCUGUAGCUUCUUCUUCUGGCGUCUCGUGGGAUCCCACGUACCGAGGCCGCGGCACGUUUAUGGUCGCUGGCCUGUACUCGGACGACCCCCUGAUCUGCCGGGGGAUGCAUACAUAG